CGAUUUCGCACAAUAACUUGGGAUCCUGGUUGUCUUCAAGGUUUGUGCGGAUAGGAGACCUAGGAGACCUCCAAAAAGCCAUUGAUCAUGCCCAGCAAGCAUUAACUGCUACCCCUCAAGAUCAUCCAGAUCGAGCGAGUAGGCACAAUAACUUGGGAUCCUUGUUGUCUUCAAGGUUUGAGCGGAUAGGAGACCUAGGAGACCUCCAAAAAGCCAUCGAGCACGCCGAGGGGGCACUAGAUGCUACCCCCCGAGAUCACCCACUCCGUGCCGAUGCCUGCGCUCUCCUGGGUUCACUUUUAGAACCACGAUUCUCACGGCCCCGUCCCGGGAAUUACCCAAAUAGAAGCCUUCGCCUGUAUAUCGAGGCUCACGGUUGCCGCACCUCGCCGCCCAGGGCCCGGAUUCACGCGGCUCGCAAAGCUGCUUCUUUACUAUAUUCAGCUGGAAAUUUUCGUGAAUCAAUUUCCAUACUGGAGGAUGCAGUCAACUUAAUACCCAGUGUUGAUCUACGAUUCCUCAAACGCGAUGACCAGCAGCACAUGCUGUCGGAACUUUCCGGCCUUGCCUCAAUUGCCGCUUCCGUGGCUCUUCAGGCCGGGAGAGAAGCCUAUGACAGUCUCAAGAUACUGGAGCUUGGUCGUGGGAUAAUUAUGGGCUUUUUAAUUGACUCAAGAUCCGAUGUUUCGGACCUCAAAACUGACCACCCACCCACCUUCGACCGAUUUCACCGUCUUCGAGUUGAGAUUGACUCGCCAACUGAUGGAAUCAACAGCACAAGUGGUGAUACACCCGAGAAACGCCAAAAUAGUGUUAUAUCCAGACGGUGGGAUGCUGUCAAUGAGAUGGAAGAAACUCUAAGAUACAUCCGCGGUUUACGAGGCUAUGCCGGAUUCCUGCUUCCACCUUCCCAGGAUGCACUAAUAAAAAUGGCAAUAAAUGGCCCAAUCGUUGUCUUCAACUGUACCGCUUAUAGGAGCGACGCCAUAAUUGUCACCACCUCAGCUAUCACUUCCUUGGAGCUUCAAAAAUUGAAGUACGCAGAAGCAAGUCGCCGCAUGAAGCAAUUGUCCAGUUUUGGAGGAGGAUCCCUGGUUAAGCAAGGUCAGGAUACCAAACGGAUGAAAGGACUCCUCCUUUGGUUGUGGGACGUAGCAGUGGGGCCUGUCAUUGACCGCCUUCAAUGCGAUGGAACCCCUUUCGGCGAGAGUGUUCACGACACCAACUUGAGGCGGAUUUGGUGGAUUGGGGUAGGGCAAUUAAGUAUGGCACCCUUCCAUGCAGCCGGGGAUCAUUCGCCAGGGUCCACCCGAAACACUUUAAGUCGAGCCAUCUCAACAUAUAUCCCGACCAUUAAAGCCCUCUCAUACGCACGCCAAUCACAGCUCCAGCUAUUCGAUGAAUGUGGAGCUUCCUUUUCGCCGGGACGCUCCAAGAAAGCCAAAAUUCUCCAAAAACGGAAUCCUCGCUUACUUCUCGUUCCCAUGCCGAGAACGCCCGGUGCCGCUGACCUGCCGGGUGUUGAUGAAGAAAUUCAACAUAUACUUGAUUCUACGGACAAAAACUCGAUUGAGGCCACAGUUAUGAUGAAUCCAACCCCGGGAGAAGUUCUCGAGAAAGUUAAGCACCACGACAUUGUCCACUUUGCCUGUCACGGAGUGUCUUGCAUCAACCCCUCGGACAGUCAUCUGGUUCUAUUUAGCCAAAAUGGAUAUAAUGCUGACAAACUUCUUGCUCGAGAGAUUUCAAAUAUGGUUGCGCAAAAUGCCCAGAUCGCAUACCUUUCGGCUUGCUCAUCCGCCAAAAACCCCUCCGCCGAGUUAGCCGACGAAGUGAUACACCUAGCCAGCGCAUUUCAACUCGCCGGAUUCAGUCAUACCUUCGCAAACAUGUGGGAAACCAAUGACAAUGCGGCAUGUGAAGUUGCGAGAGACUUCUACAGCAUUCUUUUCCAAAAUCGAGAAAGCGGAGAAGACGACCACCAGCGUGUCUCUACCGCUUUUUACAAGGCUGUGAAGAAAGUUCGAGACGCUAAACCAGGCAGCCCUCUCCUAUGGGCCCCCUUCGUACACACGGGUGCC